CUCCUACCCAUUUACGCGUCUUCUUGCAGCAUAAGAAUACUAUCACCUUCACCUGCCGAACUGCCAAGCCAAGAGAGGAAAAAAAACUAAGCCUGAUAAGAAAUUUCAAUGGCAAGAAUAAGAACAACAUCUAAGAAAUGGUUGGAAAUUGUUCGAAGAAAAUUCCUUAAAUCAUCUUCUAAUUAUAAUAGAAAUAGAAACUCUACUGCUAGUGUUGUUCUUCUCUCUAAUUCUUGCUCAAGUCCCGAUGAUGAGGGUGCCAAAUCAAGUACUGCAGUUACAGAGCAAACCACCAUUUAUGAAGAAAUGAUUACUGAAAUUUCUUUGCCUAAUUUCAGUAAACAAUUUGGGAAAGAAGAUAUUGCUGCUAUCAAAAUCCAAGCUAUUUUCAGAGGCCAUCUUGCAAGAAGGGCGUUUGGAGCACUUAGAAGCUUGGUGAAACUACAAGCAUUAGUUCGAGGGGUGUAUGUAAGGAAACAAAGUCGUAUAGCCCUGCAUUGCAUGAAGGCACUUGUGAGAUUACAGAUUCGGGUAAGAGCAAGGCAGCUCUUGGAAGAUGCAGCCAUUGGCUAAUGACUACUAGUACAUUUUACCACUAUGGAGAAUUUUCAAAUGGAUUUCUACCAAUCCCAUUUUCGAAUGUUAACAUAUAUCUAAUUAUAUGAAUGAUUGGUUUCCCAAUUUGUAUGAAAAACUAAAGAAAAAUAAAAUGUUGAAAGUAAUACUUCCAUUGAAUUCAUAGAAUA